AUGGGCAGGACGGUCGCGACCCCCGCGGGCUCCCAGCACAGAUGUGUCGAGUCGGCAAAAAUCCGAGCCAAAUACCCUGACCGUGUCCCGGUCAUAGUGGAGAAGGUCUCAGGAUCUCAGAUUGUUGAUAUUGACAAGAGGAAGUACUUAGUUCCAUCUGACAUCACCGUGGCCCAGUUCAUGUGGAUCAUCAGGAAGAGGAUUCAGCUGCCAUCUGAGAAAGCAAUAUUCCUCUUUGUAGACAAGACUGUCCCACAAUCCAGCUUAACUAUGGGACAACUUUAUGAGAAGGAAAAGGAUGAGGAUGGCUUCUUGUAUGUUGCCUACAGUGGAGAGAACACAUUUGGCUUCUGAAUGGUGGGUCUUGGCUACUAUACCAUCCUGCUGUGUAUCUUGUAAAUAGCUUAUCAUUUUCUGUUCUGACAUCCACAGAAGUUCCUUCUAUAUACAUGCAUUUGUAACUGGAUUUAUUUCUUAAUAUAUUGAUAGGUCUUGUUUUAUUAGACUGUUAAAUUAUCAAAAAAAGUUUUGUUGGUUUUGUGCAUUUUUUUUCCUCAUGGCUGAAUUCCCAGAGCCUCACUCCUUUGGGGGAUACAUUUGAUGACACUGAUUAAAUAAUAAAGCAAACUAGUUGGGCUACUAAAACAUGAAAGGAAGAAUACGCAUUUAUUCUGUUUUGAGGUGUUAGUUUAAGAAAAAUAAAAACAUUAAAUUAGUAUUGGGAACACUGGAUUUGCUAGCUUAUCCUAAGCAGGAGCAAGAUGCUGAUCAUGUUGAAUUGAGCUAAUAUGUUCCACUUUCUCAAUUAACAAACAAGUACAAUAAAAAUUCCUGUCACA